AUGUCGACUGGACUGGUUUCACGGCUCCAGAUGGCAGGCACUGUGGAGGCUGUCGAUGCAUUUGAGAGUCGACUUGACGUCGACGGUGAGGCUGAGGCUGACGAGGAAUCCGAAUCCACUGGUGUUGAUAAUGGAGAAUUCACUGGCCGCAGCUUGAUCCGCAAACUGGACUUCGAUGAACUAACGCUAGCGGACCUGGCGAGUCGAUUAGAGAGUGGAGUACGACGAGCUCGAGCCACAGACUUAGAAAGAGACUAA